CGCGGGUGGCGCUGGCAUCUCCUGGGCUCUCCCCGCGGAGGGGGCGCUGUCCCGAGGAGCGGACAUCCGAGGCCCGGGACGGGGGCGGGGCAGCGUCCAGAGUCGGGGAAACUGAGGCCCGGCGUGGCCCCGUUCCGGCUGAGCCUGGGCGCGCGAGGAUUCCGGGCCUGGGAGCCCCUCGGCUGCGAGCGGGCUGCGGCCCCCGCGGGCUCCGAGGAGGCGUCGGCGGGGCGGUCCCGGCUGCAGGGUGCCCGCGUGCGUCUCGGGGACUGCGCCGUCGAUUCUGCGGUGGGCGAGCCUCGGAGGGGGUUUCCCCAGGUCCCGCAGCUAGCAGGAGGCGGAACUGGGCCUGGGCCGGGUCUGUCUCCCAAGCCGGUGCCUAAACGCCCAUCGCCCUGGCGCUUCCUGGGGUUCCCUGGGCCAAGCUGAGUCUGAGUGGCGUCCCCGCAGCUGGGGCGGGAGGGACCGCCUGCUGCGUUCCGUUUUGGUGGGCAGCCCUCAUGACCAGCCCUUGGGAGAGGGGUGCGGGGAGAGGGACAGCCCCUGAUGUCGGUGGCUCAGCACGUGUGACUUUGACCUCCUUCCUGCCGAUCAUUGCUCUCCUGAGCAACUCGGGGAGGGGAGGCAGCAGCCGCCUCUUGCGUGAGGCUUCCAGGGGAAAGCGUCUCCGCCGGCCCGGAGGCUCUGAACCGGCCUGCGGUCGCUGCCAGCUCUGCUUCUGGCCAGCUGUUAGCCGAGUUUACAGGUUCACAAGCAUUUCGGGCAUAAACAAGGGGCUUCGUGAAGGAGUGAGGGGACCUGGGCUGCUGAUGUGGCUAACGGUGCUGGCGGGUGGAUGCUUUGGUUUUUGUUCCAGUUGGGCAGCGCCCCAGUCAGUGUCCAGCAGGGAGAGCCACGCCAAGGACAGGGGAGGGCGUUUCCCUUUGUUGUUGGGUGUUUUGGGCUCCCGGGUCUGUGCUAGUGAUUCCUUUAGACUUUCUCUGCUGAUGCUUCAUUCUCCUACUCUCUCUUUCUAGCGUCCUUCUUCCUUCAGACUUCCUAGAGCACAGUUCCUAAGGAAAAAGCUUGACAGACAUUUGUUCGGUCUCAGGCACUGCCACAUUCCAGGGGCUGUUAUGGAUGCACGGAGAACAGCCAGCCUUGCCUUUGGGUUGCCUUUGAGAGCUUCCUUCCAUGGGGAAAGUGCCUGUCACCUGGGCAGUCUCAGCAGAAGUCAUGGAUGUAGAUGCUGAAAGAGAGAAGAUAACACAGGAGAUCAAGGAGCUGGAAAGGAUUUUAGAUCCCAGCUCCGCGGGCACCCACGUGGAGGUCUCAGAAUCAAGUCUCGAGUCAGAUUCUGAAGCAGAGUCACUGCCUUCUGAGGACUUGGACCCUGCCGAUCCCCUGAUCUCGGAAGAAGAAAGGUGGGGUGAAGCCAGCAAUGAUGAGGACGACCCCAAGGAUAAAACCCUCCCUGAAGAUCCGGAGACCUGCCUGCAGCUGAACAUGGUCUACCAGGAGGUCAUCCAAGAGAAGCUGGCUGAGGCCAACCUGCUGCUGGCCCAGAACCGGGAGCAACAGGAGGAGCUCAUGAGGGAUCUGGCUGGGUCCAAAGGCACCAAGGUGAAGGAUGGCAGGAGCCUGCCCCCAAGCACAUACAUGGGGCACUUCAUGAAGCCGUAUUUCAAGGACAAGGUCACGGGUGUGGGGCCCCCUGCCAACGAGGACACACGAGAGAAGGCUGCCCAGGGGAUCAAGGCUUUCGAGGAGCUCCUCGUGACCAAAUGGAAAAACUGGGAAAAGGCCUUGCUCCGAAAGUCAGUGGUGAGUGACCGCCUGCAGCGAUUGCUUCAGCCCAAGUUACUGAAGCUUGAGUACUUGCACCAGAAGCAGAGCAAAGUCUCCAGUGAGAUGGAGAAGCAGGCCCUGGAGAAGCAGGCCAGGGAAGCCGAGAAGGAGAUCCAGGACAUCAACCAGCUUCCGGAAGAGGCCUUGCUGGGAAACAGGCUGGACAGCCACGACUGGGAGAAGAUUUCCAAUAUUAACGUAAGUCGGGGACAGCAGCUGCAUUUAAAGAACAUGCCACACACAGAGCAGUGCAUCUCCCAGCCCUUGCCAAGCUGGGAGUUUCUGUUGAGUGAGUUGCAAUGUGGUUUUGGAGUCGUAUCAGUUACCUACUGUGAAUUUUUUUUUAAUAUUUUCUUAAGUGAAGGUUUGAUUCCUCUCUCACCUGGUCCUUCUUGGUCCUGUUUAGUGAGUGUAGUGUGUUCUUACUGCUACCGUGGGGUGCUCUCCAUCAGCCCACAGGAGUCUGGGAGGAGGAGAGCUGGAGUCUGCAGAAGGGUCACUCCAGUGGCUCACGGGCCCAUCUGUGCCCUGGGGCACUCUCAGAGCCAGAUCUGGACAUCCUGCCGCGCAGUAACACUCAUGUGCUUUUGUUUGGGACUUGGGAAGACCAGCCGCAGCGCCUUCCAGUGCCUGCAGAAAUUCCAGCAGCGGAACAAAGCUCUGAAACGCAAGGAGUGGACGGAGGAGGAGGAAAACCACUUUAGUGUCGUAUCCAAGAAGAAGCUUGGGGCAGCGGUGGGUAGCAUCUUAGCAUCUAAAAUGUUCUUUGCUUUUCAUGUGACUUUCAGGUAUCUCAGGAGAUUACAUUUCAGCUUGAAAAAGGGACGGUGGAAUUUGAAAGAAGAGGAACAGUUAAUUGAAUUAAUAGGAAAAUACGGUGUUGGUCACUGGGCAAAAAUAGCUUCUGAACUGCCCCAUCGGUCCGGCUCCCAGUGUCUGAGCAAGUGGAAGAUCAUGAUGGGGAAGAAGCAGGGUCUCCGGAGGCGGCGGCGGAGGGCCCGUCACAGCAUCCGGUGGAGCUCCAGCAGCAGCAGCAGCAGCAGUGGCAGUGGCGGCAGCGGAAGGGGCAGCAGCAGCAGCAGUGAGGAGGAGGAGCCAGAGCCAGAGCAGGCACAGGCUGGGGAGGGUGACAGAGCGCUGCUGUCCCCACAGUAUGUGGUCCCGGACAUGGAUCUGUGGGUUCCUGCCAGGCAGAGCACCAGCCAGCCAUGGAGAGGAGGGGCAGGGGCCUGGCUGGGAGGCCACGCUGCCUCCCUUAGCCCCCCCAAGGGAUCCAGUGCCAGCCAAGGUGGCAGCAAGGAAGCUUCCGCCACAGCCGCGGCUCCUGGAGAGGAGACGAGUGCAGUGCAGGCCCGUGCUACGGCCCACAGCCCUGUCCCGAGAGCUGCCCAGGCCUCCCACUCGGCGGACACUCACCCGGUGGGAGCAGAGAAGCAGGCCCUCGAGGGAGGGAGGCUGACAGUGCCUGUGGAGACCGUGCUGAGGGUGCUCAGGGCCAACACGGCUGCUCGGAGCCGCACACAGAAAGAGCAGCUGAGACAACCACCCCUGCCCACCUCGUCCCCAGGGGUCAGCUCCGGUGACAGCGUGGCCCGGUCCCAUGUGCAGUGGCUACGGCACAGAGCCACCCAGAGUGGGCAGCGGCGCUGGAGACACGCUCUGCACCGGAGGCUCCUGAACCGCAGGCUGCUGCUGGCUGUGACCCCUUGGGUGGGGGACGUUGUCCUGCCCUGCACACAGGUGCCCCAGAGACCCGCCGCAGUGCAGACUCAAGCGGAUGGCCUCAGGGAGCAGCUGCAGCAGGCCCGCCUGGCCAGCACCCCUGUGUUCACCCUGUUUACCCAGCUGUUCCAGAUCGAUACUGCCGGCUGCUUGGAGGUCGUCCGAGAGAGGAAGGCCCUGCCGCCCAGGCUGCCCCAGGCUGGUGCUCGGGACCCACCAAUGCAUCUUCUGCAGGCGCCCUCAAGUGCUCAGAGCACCCCAGGCCACCUCUUCCCAAAUGUGCCAGCUCAAGAAGCCUCAAAGAGUGCCAGCCACAAAGGGAGCCGAAGACUGGCGUCCAGCCAGGUGGAGGGCACCCUACCCCAGGCGUCCCCACUGGCUCCGACUGGCCCCCGGCCCAAGCCCAAGACUGUGUCAGAGCUGCUUCAGGAGAAGCGGCUUCAGGAGAAGCGGCUUCAGGAGGCCCGUGCCAGGGAGGCCACCCAGGGCCCGGUGGUGCUCCCGUCCCACCUGCUGGUCUCGCCUGUGAUCCUCCAGCCCCCUCUACCGCACACCCCACACAGCCACCCAGCCCUGGGUCCCACUGUCUCAAAUGUUCCAUACUCGGGGCCUGGGACCCCCGCAGAAGCCAAGCCUGGCACUUCAGGCUCCUGGCAGGAGGCUGGGCCUUCAGCCAAGGACAAGAGACUCUCCACCAUGCAAGCCCUGCCCCUCGCUCCUGCCUUCACAGGGCCCGAGGGCACAGCCCCUGCUGCUUCCGGAGCCCCUGGCCUGGGCCCCAGCCAGGUCUCUGUGAGCUGCCCUGGGAGUGGUCUCGGACAGUCGCAGGCCCCCACUGCAUCCCGGAAGCAGAGCCUGCCUGAGGCAUCACCCUUUCUCCCUGCAGCCCCCAGCCCCACCCCACUGCCUAUCCAGCCCCUCAGCCUGACGCACGUAGGAGGGCCACGUGUGGCGGCCAGUGUCCCCCUGCCUGUCACCUGGGUGCUCACAGCCCAGGGGCUUCUCCCUGUUCCUGUGCCAGCUGUGGUGGGCCUUUCCAGUCCAGCAGGGACGCCUGGCCCCACAGGGCUGGUGGCCACUCUGCUGCCUCCCCUGACGGAAGCUCAGGCGGCCCAGGGCCCCGGGGCCCCAGCGUUGAGUAGCUCUUGGCAGCCCCCAGCCAAUGUGAACUCAGGACCAGAGCCUUCCUGCGGGACAGUCCCCCCAGCCCCUCCCACACACGCCGCCUCCCGAAGUCCUGCAGAAGUGGAUGCCAGUGUGGCUGUUGUCCCUGGAGAGGCCCAGGUGGCCAGGGAGAUACCUGCACCCAGGACGUCCUCCCAGGCCGACCCCCCUGAAGCAGAACCCCCCUUGCCCAGGAGGCUGCCACCCCUUGGUGGUGUCAUUCCAGCAAGUGAGCCAGGGGGGACGCUGGGGUCCCCCUCAGGAACACAAGAGCCCAAGGGAACUCUGGACCUGGAGAAGCCACCCCUGCCCCAGCCUGGGCCUGAGAAGGGGGCCCUGGACCUGGGCCUGCUGUCCCAGGAGGCUGAGGCGGCCACACAGCAGUGGCUGGGGGGCCAGCGUGGGGUGCGGGUACGUCUUCUGGGAAGCAGACUGCCCUACCAGCCCCCGGCCCUGUGCAGCCUUCGAGCACUGUCCAGCCUCCUGCUCCACAAGAAGGCCCUGGAGCACAAGGCCGCCUCCCUGGUGGCGGGGGGCGAGGCUGAGCGGCCGGCUGGAGCGCUACAAGCCUCACUGGGGCUGGUGCGGGGGCAGCUCCGGGACAACGCAGCCUACCUCCUGUUGCGGGCACGGUUCCUGGCAGCCUUCACCCUCCCUGCGCUCCUGGCCACCCUGGCCCCCCAUGGUGUCCGCACCACCCUCUCAGCAGUCUCGAUAGCAGGCUCCGAGAGUGAGGAUGAGGACCUCCUGAGCGAGCUGGAACUCGCAGACAGGGACGGGCAGCCGGGCUGCACGGCGGCCACACGCCACAUUCAGGGACCCCCAGACUCUGGUAGAUGCUCUGCCGCCUCCUGCCUGGAUGCUUUUAAUGACCUUGAUGUUGACGACCUUGAUGUGCUCAGAACCCGGCAUGCCAGGCACACCCGGAAGCGGAGGCGGCUGGUGUGAGCAGCAGGACAAGCACGCCUCAGAAGCCCGUGGCCCUGCUGACGAGAAACAGCCCAUACCCAACCUGCGAGAGAGGCAGCCAGGGGCCAGGUAUCUGCUGGCCAUCCACCGACCAGGUCCGCAGUGAACAGAGGCAGGCCUGCCAACUGACCAUGUGGCACGGGGCACAGCUGUUCCCCAAGUGCACACCUGAACACUCGGAGGAGUAAAGUUCUGUUUUUAAUUGUGGAGCCGGA